GAAGAAGAAGCAGGAAGUAACGCUUUAUCCCAAUGAGCAUCGUUUUGGUUUCCACAUACACAUGUAAACGACGAAAAAAGUCUGGACUUUUGUGUAACUGACUUACAACUACAAGUGUCCUUUAGCGACUGAAAAGUCAUGGGAAACAGGCAGAAAUUUUGACGUCAGUUUUUGGUUCAUCAUCAUCUGUGGAAACAUCUUUACACGCCAGACAGCACACCAGUGAAUCACUCAACAUGGCCUACAGACAUGGCCGACCAUCAAUUAGAGAGGCAUAUGAACAGCGCUUCUCAGGAAUGGAUUCAAGAGAGGUGACAGUCCAUCGAGUCGUCAAUAUUGUUGAUAAGAGGAAUCCAAUGCCUCAGCCAGGGUAUGAGUAUGACAGAGGUUAUGACGAUGACCAGUGGUACAGUGAACCUCACCGUUAUGAGGAAGACAGAGAGUAUCACGAAGAUUAUGGUUACCCACACAGUGAUCGUCGAUACUACGAUGAUAACCCCAACUAUGGACAUUUUCGCAGAAAAUCCCCUCCACCCCGAAACGAUGGGCCGUACUCCCAACAGGGUUAUGGCAGAGAUGAUCUGAGGCAUCAGUUGGCUUCGAGGAAAACUGGCAGAGCGCGUCCAUAUUAUGGCCAUAAAGGCCGAGGAUCAGGUCCUCAUCAAAGAGAGGACCACAGAGAGGACUACAGAAGGUCUCCGCCUGUGGUAAUGAAACGGGACCGGUCUCCUAUAAGAAGGGAAACCACCCAGUCAUCCGUCCGCUCCGGAUCCAACAGCAGCAACAGGAGCUUCUCUCCUGACAGGGACAAGAGCUAUGCCCAGAAGCAUAAACCCAACGCGACGACCAGCCACACUCCCAGCAGCACGAAUACUCCUAACAGCACGGCCACUCCCAGCAGCUCCGUGGAGGAGUCUUCACACAGCUCUGGAUCUUCAAAACCGAAGCCAGAAUUAAAGGAAAAAACUCCUGCUCCUGCAGCGGAGACGGAGGAGGUGGUGGCUGCCAGCGUGGAGCCAAAGCCGACACCAGAUGAUGACUUAAAGGCUCGCCGUUUGGAGGCCAUUAAGGCAAAGGCUCUGGAAAUCGAGAAGCAUUACAGGCAGGACUGUGAGACAUUUCGCACAGUGGUGAAGAUGUUGGUGGACAAGGAGCCCAGUUUGGAAAAUCUGCUGCAGGCUCCACUAGAUAAGAACCUGUUUGAGAUCAAAGAGCGCUGCCUGGACUCCCUUAAACAUUUUGUGAAGGAGCUUGACGAGGUACUAGAGCAACCGGACACUUAAGCAGAGGCCUCAGCUUGCAUAACACUGAAAUAACUUUAUGGAGUUUCUAUCAAAUUCUUGUGUUGAAGACUUUUGCUGUUUUAAUUAUGAUGUGUAAUUAAAUAAUGGCAACAGUAUGUUUAGGAGACCAUGAGAUUCUUUUCAUUCAAGAUAUCAGGUGGUUGCACUUUCAGCAGACAACGCCAUCAGCUAGUGAAGUAUGAUAUCUUUAUGAUUAUUUUUAAUGUCUGCUGCUACUUUUGAAUUUUACUGCAUGUAGAUUAAAAGAGCCUUGGUUUUCAUUUUCCACGGUGAGUAUGAUAUUAUCCAGCUUCAAGGAAAAACAUGAUGUUCAUGAUGUUAAUGUAGAUAAUAUAGCACAUGCAUGGACAUAACAGGACCAAGAUUAAGUUUGUUAAAUGACGAUACAGUAAACUACAUAUAGUAUUAUGAUUAAAACCAAAAAGUAAUAUGUGUCUAUGAGAAAAGAACAUUUGAACCACAAUGAACUGUCUUCAAAACCUUCAGUUAUUCAAUGUGCUGUCAAUUAUUCCUUCUUUAGCUGAAAUUAGUGUCUUAAGAGGUUUAAUGUUUUGAAAAUUCUGCAAAAUAAAGACAAGUUAUUACACUUUUAUCUUCUUGUUAACUGAGUCUGUGGAGACAUGUAGUGUAUUUUUUCCUUUUGAAUAUCUAUCUGUUGCAGCUGAGAUAGAACGAAUGCCUGCUGGGGCACACAUAUUUUAAACCAGUAUUGAAGGGUUCCCAUCUAUGAGGUAUUUUCAAUGAUGUAUUAUUGUUUUAAAAAAUGUUGACAUUUAGGUAAAAACUGUUGAUCAUUUUUCUAUAAGCUGAGCUGUAAUCCAAAAGCUUGUAACUACUGUAUUUUAGAUUAUUUGGUGAUCUUUUGUAAAUAAAAUUUGAUGCCCUAACA